UCCCAGCCUUGUUGUCAUUAAGGGCCAUUCUGGACAGGAAACCUCCAUCUUUCUCAGACACGGUUGAAUUUUCCAUCUGGAAGAAAGGGCGGUAAACGGCACAAAAACUUUCAUUUAUGCUGCUCGGACCACAUUAAACGCGAAAAUAAUUGGUCAAAAUCUCUCGGAAACGUUGAAAGUAAAAAAAUAUAUAUAGUCGUUACUGUAACCUAACUGUGUUAUCGCUUGAAAUAGGAGGUGUUUCAUUGGCAUGCCAUUAACUUCAGGUCAGUAUUUUUGUUUCGGUUGCCUGAGCACUUCCGUAUACAGUUGUCAAAAAAAGCGGGACUUCUUCUAUUUGAAUUAGCGGUCGAGAGCGCCCCCUAGGGUGUCGGAAUAUACACUACAGACAAAAAAAUCAUCAACCUGUUUAAACGUCUCAUCAGAAACUCAUGUGGAUUCUAUUCACGUUUUAUUUCAUCCAAUCAAUAUACGUUUUAACAACCAUUAUAUUCAUUCAGUUUGUUGUUUUAAUCGACAAAUAGCUCCCAAAUCAUGAUUAAUCCAUAUACGAAAGGGAAAAGAGAACCAAAUGUAAAUAGUGUGUGAAUAUAUUUAAUAUGUUGCUGAUCAACUCAGUUUUUAAAAAAGCGUUUUCAAAUUGUACAGUCGUAUAAAAGAUGUAGUUAUAAAGUCAACAAGUUCCGGUUUAUUUCCAAAAUAUGAGAAAGUCACAUUAGCAAGUGUAGCCUUAAUUUCAUUGUUAACUUGUUAGAAGAUGUAAAUAAGAAUAACAUGUAUAAAUAUAUGUUAACAUUGUAUAUAUUAGGGAUUUUAAAAGUCAAUGUUAUGCUAUUGUCGGAAGUAGUGCGGUAAGGCUGACUCUUGCCUCCAUGUAGUCAGCUUGACUAAUAAUGGCUCCGCCCUCCUUCGACAUGAUUGACAAGCUAAGACCAGCUACCGCUAACAGAACCGCGGAACUAAACACUGCGAUGCAGUCCUGGUCUCGUCCGCAGUGGGUGGAAGUGGCUCCAGGGUUGUAAUGCGAAGGCCGUCUUUACCAACUGUGGGUUAAAGACGUCGAUCCAUGCCGCGCCAGAUUUCGUGCUUAGUCACAAGUUGCAAGUUAAUAUUUGCUAGUUGCGUCGUUUGACAGCUAACGCUAACUAGCCUGCCCUCAUUGGCAUUCGACGUCAGUUUCAAAACAAAGCCCGCAAAAGCGAGAAGUUGAAGUCCUGCAUGCGACACCCGCUGCGGAGCUGGUCGCCAACAGGGAAGUCUGCCGGAUAUUCGCACUCGUACCCUGCCUUGGCUGCAGAAAGUUUGUGGUGCGUUAGCAUUGUCUGGCAGUGUUGCUUGUCCCACUUUGGAUUUAAAUGUCCGAAAAGAGCUCAUCGUCUGGUUCCGAUGAGGAUGUGGACCCAGAGUCCGGGCAGCAUGUGGAGCUGGGAGGCGUUCUCAGCAAGUGGACUAACUACAUCCAUGGAUGGCAGGACAGAUGGGUGGUGCUUAAGAACAACACCUUGAGCUACUACAAGUCGGAGGAUGAACGGGAGUAUGGCUGCAGGGGGUCUCUGUGCCUGAGCAAGGCGGUCAUUAUGCCUCACGAGUUCGACGAGUGUCGUUUUGACAUCAGUGUGAACGACAGUGUUUGGUACCUCCGAGCUGAGGAUCCUGAGCACAGACUCCAGUGGAUUGAGUCCAUCGAGCUGCAUAAGGCGGAGUCUGGUUAUGGAUCAGAGACCAGUCUGAGACGUCAUGGUUCCAUGUUGUCCCUCACCUCCGCAGCCAGUGCCUUGUCUGCCACCUCCACUUCCUCCUUCAAGAAGGGUCACAGGUUGUGUGAGAAACUGGCAGAAAUGGAGACAUUUCGGGACAUCCUUUGCAGACAAGUGGACACGCUCCAGAAGUACUUUGACUCCUGUGCUGACGCCGUCUCCAAGGACGAGUUUCACAGAGACAAAGUAGUGGAGGAAGACGAAGACGAGUUCCCUUCCACUUCAAGAACAGAUGGUGAAUAUAAUCACAACAACAACGGCAGCAAGGAGAAACUGUUUUCCCCCGCCAGUCCCAAAGGCAUCAACGGAAUCGACUUCAAGGGGGAGGCCAUCACCUUCAAGGCCACCACGGCAGGAAUCCUGUCCACGCUGUCACACUGCAUCGAGCUGAUGGUCAAGCGAGAAGACAGCUGGCAGAAGAGGCUGGACAAGGAGCUGGAGAAGAGGAGGAGGGUGGAAGAUGCCUACAAGUCUGCCAUGAACGAACUCAAGAAGAAGUCCCACUAUGGAGGACCGGACUAUGAGGAGGGACCGAACAGCCUUAUCAACGAGGAUGAGUUCUUCGACGCUGUGGAGGCGGCGCUGGACAGACAGGAUAAAAUAGAAGAGCAGUCGGAGAAGGCCAGAAUACCCCGGCUGACCCCUGCUCCUCCCGGAGACGUCUACUCCUCCGUCGGCUCGCACCGUUUUGCUGCCAAGACCCAUAGCUUUUCCUCCUCCCUCUCCUCCGUGGAGCUUGUCAGUGCCUCAGACGACAUUCACAGAUUCAGCACACAGGUGGAGGACAUGGUCCAGAACCACAUGACGUACUCGCUUCAGGACGUCGGCGGCGAUGCCAACUGGCAGCUGGUCAUCGAGGAGGGCGAGAUGAAGGUCUACCGGAGGGAGGUGGAGGAGAACGGCAUCGUGCUGGACCCUCUCAAAGCCACGCACUCGGUCAAAGGUGUGACGGGUCACGAGGUCUGUCACUACUUCUGGGACACGUCGGUGCGAAUGGACUGGGAGACUACUAUUGAAAACUUCAACGUGGUGGAGACGCUGUCGGACAACGCUGUCAUCGUGUACCAGACGCACAAGAGGGUGUGGCCAGCCUCCCAGAGGGACGUCCUGUAUCUGUCAGCCAUCCGGAAGAUCCUGGCCACCAACGAAAACGACCCGGACACAUGGCUGGUCUGCAACUUCUCUGUGGACCACGACAACGCUGCUCCCUCCAACCGCUGCGUCCGAGCCAAAAUCAACGUGGCCAUGAUCUGCCAGACCCUGGUCAGUCCACCAGAGGGCGACAAAGAGAUCAGCCGAGACAACAUCCUGUGUAAAAUCACUUACGUGGCCAAUGUGAAUCCGGGCGGCUGGGCUCCGGCGUCCGUCCUGAGAGCCGUCGCCAAGAGAGAAUACCCCAAGUUCCUCAAGCGCUUCACCACCUACGUCCAGGAGAAAACGGCUGGGAAGCCCAUCCUCUUCUGAAUGUUCCCACCAGGCGGUCAAGGCGACCAACAACUACUUUAUCUUUCGGUUCUGCGCUCGCGGACAUCACGGCCCGCCUGCCGCCACGUCAUGAAGAAUCCUCCAGCGGCUUCAUCUCAUCAGUAUUCUCAAAUGUCUGAACACGCGAAGUCGCUGGUUUGUGUGUAAAUUUCCCCCCUGCUUUUUUUUGUAAAUUGUUUUGUACAUUUCUAAUGAUAAUUCACUUUCUGGGUUGAAUUUGUGUUGCGGCUGCUGCUAAAGUACCGACGCUAGGAGGACGGCGGACCUCUCCUCUCCUCUCUCUUGCCUUCUGCUGGGGUCUCAUGGGGCUUUCACACUUUUCUACUGUCCACUGUUGUACAGCAGCUUCCUGUGGGACCACCGUCACCAUUCCUGUUUACUAACGCGCCAGCCAGCGAGAGGGAGGAAUGUGAAUCGACUGUUAAACGCUUGAAUUCUCACCACGGUGGACGAAUCUGAAGAGCUUUUGCUAUAAAUGAUGCAUGGACGACGAUAUUUUCCAGAACUAUUUUGCUAUCUGUGACGUCACGACUUUGAUGGAUGCUGUGUUUUUACCCAAUUCUGAAACUCGGAUUUUUAGCAAGCGCUAACAACGUGCGCUCCCAGCUCAAGAGUGGUGUCACUACAAGCGGACACUUCGAGGAUGCCUUACGCACCAGGAGGAUCCGACCUGAAUCCUGGUCCCACUACUGUACAGACACCAGACGUGCAUUCAGUAACACAGUGUGUUGGAGGGAGGGUCAGCAUUUCACCUCAUCGUACCUCAAUUCUGCGUUUAGUUUCGUCGACAGAUGUCAGGUGUUUUGCAAUCACUAGAUCUUCUCUUUGGUCAGAUCAGCGAGCAAAUCAAGAAACCGACUUUAGAUUUUGAUAUUUUGUCAUCUACAUACACACUUUGUAUAUUUCUAAGUUGUACAUCAGAAGUGUUAUUAUUUGCACUAAAUGUAAUGCCAUAUGACAAUGUUCUGUAAAUUAAAAUUGCUACACGUCAAACAGCAGUUCCU